AUGGAUUUUUUGAAGCGUAGAACUGAGGAGGAGGGGCUGCCUCCAAGCCUGGGCAACAAGGCUGGCGGCGGCGGCAAGGGCAAGCCCGGAAAGCUGGGCUUCCAGAAGGCGGAUGAGGAUGAAGAUGACAUGUUUGCGGAGUUUGAGAUGGGCAUGGAGGACAUGGAUGAUGUGGAGGGGGACAUGGGUGCACCCGCCCCUGUGAUGAGCGGCGAUCUGGAUGAAGGCGAGCGGGAAGAGGCGCACGAGGAGGCGGAAGAGGAGGUGCCUGCCCGGGAGGUGGCGGCCAAGGCGCCGCGCCCACCGCUGCACCCUGGCCAGCCCACCGCCACCAAGCAGGCACCCCUGUGCGCCGGCCCGGCAGGUGAUGGCGCACAGGACAGCUGCAGCGGAUCUCUUUCUGAGGACCAGCGCAAGGAGGAGGAGGAGGAGGCUGCACCCCCCACCAUUGGCCAGAUCAUCGCCCAGCAGCCGGCCCAGCUGCCCGCCCUGCCUGCCAGCAUGCCGCUGCUGGGCGACGGCGUGGCGGCGGUGGAUGAGGCGGCACCUGGUGCCUGCCCGCCACGUGCAGUCAGCUCGCCCAACAGCUCCUCCAAGCGGCGCUCCGGCAGCCAUGGCCCUGGUGCUGGUGGUCAGGAAGCCGUGGCAGACGGCGUGACAGCAGCAGCCGUGCUGCCGGCGGCGCUGCCAGAGACGGAGGCAGCAGCGGAGCCAGCGCAGCAGCAGGAGCUCAGGGAUGGACAGGGGCCAGGCUCGCAGGCCGUCAGCACCCAGCACGCACCUUCCCUGGCUGUGCCCAAGCUGCCCGCGCCUGCAGCCAAGCCGGCAUCGCCUGCACCCAUGCUCAAUGGGUCCAAGCCCCUGGCGGCGCCCAAGCCGACUCCACCGCCCAAGCAGGCGGCUGCGCCCAGGCCGGCGGCAGCCCACAAGCCGGCCACCGGCCUCUCCAUUCCCAGCUUUGCGGGCAUCCUGGGCGGCGGCGGUGCCAGCAGCAGCGCCCAGCAGGGCCCAGCAGGGCCAAGCUCCAGCACCGCCUCUGGCUUCCAGCUGCUGGGCAUGCCCGCGCCCAAGCCGGCUGCCGCCGCCGCCAAGCCGACCUCCCGGCUCAACCCGCAGGCAGACGGCGCCUUUUCCCUGCCGCCGCCACAGCGCCAGCAGCCUGGGCUGGCUGUGCUGCAGCCCACGCUGCGCCAGGCGGCCCCCGCGGCGGCACAGCGCCAGCAGGUCUCCCGCCACCCGGGCACCCCCGCUGACUUGGCCCUGGCCAAGCACCUGAGGGCGGCCGCUACCCCGGCCCCCUUCACCCCGGCCAGCCAGCCGGCACCCGCCGCCCCAGCUGCCAGCGCCCAGCAGGUCCAGGCGGCGCAGGCGGCGGCGCAGGCGGCGGCUGUGCUGGCCGACGACAUCCUGGCCCUCAGCUUUGAUGGCAUGGCGGCGGCGGUGCUGGAGGGGCACGAUGGGCGGGUGCGGCAGUCGGCUGAGCUGGCGGCUUCCAUGGCUGAGGAGGUGCAGAGGGAGGUGAUGGCCCUGGAGCAGUUGGGCCUGCAGGCGGAUACGAUGCGGCGCCGGCUCAGCGGGCUCAGCGUGGACCUCACCAUCUACCGCUCCCACCUGGCAUUCAUGGACAGCCCGCUGCAGGCACGGGGGCCCCUCCUGCUCCAUGCCUGCCUGCACAUGAGAGCAGCUGCACUGCUGCCUGCCCUCAGCUUCUGCGCCGCGAAGAGCAAGGCGGACGAGCUGUGGGCCGAGCUGAGCGCGUACCGCCCCCCCGCCAUCCACCACCUGGCGCUGCCGGCCGACCCGUCAGGGCAGGCCCCCACUGGCGGCGGCGAGGACAGCGAGAUGGCUGAGGGGCAGCAGGAGGAGGCCAGCUGCGGGGGCGGCGAGCACCAGCUGGGCGAGGCGCCGACUGCGGAGCCGUCUGUGGCAGAGGGCGAGGAGACGGCCAGCGAGGGCAGCUCGGUGCAGCCUCGGGCGCUGGAGUCGGCGUUCAACAGGCAGCCGCUGAGCAGCCCAGAGUCGGGUGGUGGCGCCAGCCUGGCUGCCGCGGCGGCGGCAGCAGCAGCAGAGGCGGUGGCGCUCCUGCCGGACACAGAGGCGAUGCAGCUGCUGCCAGACACAGAGGCGGCGGAGUUUCUGGAGCCAGGCCUCGCCGCUCUGGAGGAGGGCGACAGGGGCGCAGCGGCAGGCAGCCAGAUGGAGGUGGAAGGCGCGGGUGCCGCCGCCGCGAGCGGGCAGGGCGUUUCGGUGAGGCUGACUGCCUCCGAAGACGGCAUCUCGCUCUCCCUGGCGGUCUGA